GCGAUCUCUCUCUCUGCGUGCAUGAUCAUCAUGACGCUUCCAGUUCCAAUGGCCAUGGCGAUUCGAUUUUCUUCCACAUUUCUCUCUUCUUGACCUACUUCAUUUGUCGCUCUCUGUUCAAACCAAAUUACACUGCUAAAUUCUCCAGGAAAAAGGAUGUUUGUUUCUCGGGAAAGCUUUGAUAAGAAGAAGAAGAGGUCAUUCGACAGAAACCCGGUCGUCGUAGUCUCUGGAGGGAUAUAAUUAAGUGGAUAUGAACCCUGAGAAGUUCACACGCGAGACCAACGGAGUCAUUUCCACUGCUCGUGUUCUUGCAACGAAUGCUGGUCAUGCAGAGUUCACUCCCUUGCACAUGGCAGCUGCUCUGAUCUCUGAUUCAUCUGGAAUCUUCCCACGAGCAAUUUCAAGCGCAGGGAGCGAAGACGCGGUUGAAUCAGCCGAGAGAGCAAUCAACCAAGCCUUGAAGAAUCUCCCGGCGCAGUCUCCGCCGUCUGGUGAGAUUCCGGUGGACAUGAGCCUCGUCCAGACGGUUCUUCGUGCUCAGGCCGUGCAGAGAUCUCUUGGCCACGCACUUUUGACCCCGGACCAGUUGGUUUUCGGUCUUCUUGAAGAUCCCCAGAUCGGGGAAUCGUUCAAAGAAGCCGGAGUUGAUCCUUCGAGAGUGAAGUCUGAGUUCGAGAAGCUUGUUGAGAAAGAGGGGAAGAAAGUGGAGAGUGCUUCUGGUGAGACAUUGUUUCAGGCUCUGAAGACUUAUGGAAGAGAUCUGGUCCAACAAGAAAGGGUUAUUUGGAUUCUCUCGAGAAAAAGGAAGAACAACCCGGUGCUAAUUGGUGAACCAGGUGUCGGGAAAACUGCUGUCGUGGAAGGCUUGGCGCAAUGGAUUAUGAAAGGAAAUGUUCCUAGGAAGCUUUCUGAUGUAAAGCUCAUUGCUUUGGACAUGGUUGCUUUGCUCGGUGAAGUGAAAUGCCGAGGAGACUUUGAAGAAAGACUGAAAGAUGUGCUGAAAGAAGCCGAGGAAGCUGAAGGUAAAGUUAUUCUCUUUAUAGAUGAGAUCCAUUCGGUUCUUGUGGAUGUGGCCAAUCUGUUCAAGCCCAUGAUUGCAAGAGGCCGGCUUCGAUGCAUCGGAGCUACUACGCUCAAGAAAUACCGGAAAUACGUCGAGAAAGACUCCGUCUUAGAUAGAGGGUUUCAGCAAGUGUUCGUCUAUGAGCCUAGUGUUCCCGACACCAUAUCUAUUCUCCGAGGGCUGAAAGAGAAAUACGAGGGACACCACGGCGUCCACAUCCAGGACAGGGCUCUUGUCGUUGCUGCUCAGCUGUCUUCUCGUUACAUAACUGGUUGGCAUCUGCCUGAUAAGGCGAUUGAUUUAGUCGACGAGGCUUGUGCAAAUGCAAGAGUCCAGCUCGAUAGCUUAUCUACAGAAAUCGAUAACCUCGAGGGGAAGAAAUCCCAGUUAUCUGAAUUAUGUGAGACGGAGAAGGACAAAGCUCAGUGCGUGGAGUUUCGGAAAGAACGUAUUGACUUGACGAACAUGCUUAAUCAUCGGAAAAUGAAGUUCUGGAAGGCGAAACAGAGAAUCAAGGAGAUCCCCCGGCUUAAACAGAAGAGGGAGGAGCUCAUGCUUUCUCUUCAGGAGGCAGAGAUGAUUCAAAACAUUGGCCGAGCUGCUGGUUUGCUAUAUCGGAAAAUCAAAGAAGUGGAAUGGGAAAUCGCCCAACUCGAAUCAAUCUCGGAAGAGAACACUCCCGGAACUGUCGGUAUGAAACACAUUGCCGAAGUGGUGAGCCGGUGGACUGGAAUUCCGGUGGCAAGACUUGACCGGGACGAGAAGGAGAGGCUGAUGUUUCUCUGUGAUAGGCUGCAGAAGAGGGUUGUGGGUCAAGGUCUUGCGGUGAAGGCUGUUGCUGAGGCCAUCUUAAGGUCGAGGGCUGGGAUAGGAAGGCCACAUCAUCCGAUCGGAACAUUCCUAUUCUUGGGUCUGACAGGUGUGGGAAAAAACGAGCUUGCUAAGGCUCUCGCUGAGCAACUCUUUGACGACGAGAAUUUGCUCGUGAGAAUCGAUAUGUCAGAGUACAUGCAACAACUGUCUGUUUCUCGCCUCAUCGGUGCACCACUCGGGUACAUCGGCUGCGAAGAUGGUGGACAGCUAACCGAGGCCGUGAGGCGACUUCCGUUCAGCGUCAUACUGUUCGACCAGGUGGAAAAGGCUCAUGUUGCCGUGCUCAACGCUCUGCUUCAGGUUCUUGACGACGGGAGAUUAACCGAUGGUCAAGGCAGGAAAGUCGAUUUUGGAAACACGGUAGUCAUCUUGACAUCGAACCUAGGCUCUGAGCCUCUUCUCUCGGGGCUAACGGGGAAGGUGCCGAUGCAAGUUGCUCGAGAUCGAGUGAUGGAGGAAGCGAGGAAGCACUUCAAGCCGAAACUCCUGGACGGUUUAGAUGAGAUCGUCGUGUUCGACCCUCUCUCGCAUGAGCAGUUGCGAAGAGUCACCCGUCUUCGGAUGAAAGAAAUCGCAGUCCGACUCGUCGAGAAAGGUGUCGAGCUGGCAGUCACGAAUGCUGCAUUGGACUACGUUUUGGCCGAGAGUUACGACCCGGUGUACGGAGCGAGGUCCAUCAUGAGGUGGGUGGAGAAGAGGGUCGUGACCGAGCUGUCGAGGAUGCUGGUCCGUGGAGAGAUGGACGAGAAGUCAACAGUGUACAUAGACGUGGGCGAGGGAGGGAGAGAGCUCGUGUAUCUGGUCGAGAAGGGCGGAUGGCUCAUUGACACGGCGGCGACCAGACAUGAACCGGACGUGCUGGUUCAGAUCCGGAAACGGGCGAGGAUUGACGCGGUUCAGACCGUGAAAAAUGAUUGAUGAUGAUGGCUGAAGCUUUUUGUAGUGUGUGAGGCUCUUUCGUCUUAAUUUAGCUUUGUGCUUGCGUGAGAAGAAGAAACGCUCUUGGUUUUGUGGUUUGGUUCCUUGUGAAUUUGUUCACUUUACCUCUAACAUAUUUAUCUAUUUUAA